AUGUGGUCGCUUCUAUUUUUCAUCUUUUUCGUUCCAGUCUGGGCCAGAAGAACCCUUUCGGCUUCAUCCCUUGUCACAUGUAUGGAUAACUCCCAGAUCAGUCCUUCUUACUUUAAGGUUUCUUUUGAUGCUGAUAACAGGGCGCUCAAGUACAACUUGGACUUGAAUACGGACAUCUCGGGUAGGGUUAUGGCCCACGUUCAGGUGUUUGCGUAUGGGUUUGUGAUUAUUGAAAAGGAUAUCGAUAUGUGUGAUAUUGGCUGGAAACAGUUUUGUCCAAUGUACCCUGGAGCGAUGCAGAUCGAGUCUGUGGAGUAUAUUAACAAGAAUGACGUGGAUAUGAUUCCUGGAAUCGCUUAUACGGUGCCUGAUAUUGAUGCCGUGGUGAAGGUGAUUGUGAAGAACCAGGAUACGGGCCAGGUCUUGUCGUGCUUGCAGAGUUCGUUUACCAACGGGAAAACGGUUUCUCAGGUGGGUAUCAAAUGGGCUACGGCGGUCAUUGCAGGUUUGGGCUUGCUUAUCGCUGCGGUGAUGUCUACGUUUGGUAACUCGAAUGCUGCUGCUCAUAUCGCUACGAACGCUGUUUCUUUGUUUAUGUACUUUCAGUCGGUUGUGGUGGUUUCCAUGCAACACGUCCAGAGAGUGCCUCCAAUCGCUUCUUCGUGGGCUGAAAAUUUGGCCUGGUCUAUGGGCUUGAUCCGGACUGAGUUUAUGCAAAAAAUCUUUAGGUGGUACGUUCAGGCCACGGGCGGCACUCCAACGGUCUAUUUUAAGAAUGUCGAUAAGCAGAUUUUGGUGCAAAGAGCCCAGGAGUACGCUUCUCAACGGUACCAGCGUGAUCUCAGCAUGAGAGACCUUGAUUUCGCUUUGAACUCGAAUAGAAACUUGCGUGUGCUUAGAGGUAUCAAGAGAAUCGGGUAUAAUAACCAUAUUGAGCCUACAUCCAUUGUGGUGACGGGAUUCACGUUUUUCGUGCUUUGCGGGUUCCUCUUGGUGGCUGUUUUGUUCUUCUUGAGGUCUGGCGCUGUUUUGUUGAUCAGAAUGAACUCCAUGAACCCAAAUAGGUUCUCCCACUUGAGAAAGAACUUUAGCACUAUUUUGAAAGGUUCCUUGUUGAGGUACUUGUGGAUCGGGUUCCCUCAGUUGGUGAUUUUGUCGCUUUGGGAAUUCACCGUUCAGGAUUCUCCUGCUGUGAUUGUCAUUGCUGUUCUUUUCCUCAUCACAGCUAUUGGAAUCAUUUCCUUCUCGCUUUAUCAAACCUGGAGAUACGGUAAACUCUCCAUCCAAAGACACUCUAACCCUGCGGCUGUUUUGUACGGUGAUAGCAAAAUCCUUCACAAGUACGGCUUCUGCUAUACCAUGUUCCGUGCCCAGAAGUACUGGUUUGGUGUUGUUAUCAUUGGCCACACCCUUCUCAAGGGUAUCUUUAUUGGUUUGUGCCAAGGCUCAGGCAAGACUUCCACGCUUGUGCUUUUCAUUGUCGACUUGGCUUUUACUAUUUUCUUAUUCAUCCAGAAACCAUUUUUGGACAAGAGUUCCAACAUUGUCAGCUACUGUGUUGCCGUGGUGACCACAGUGAACUCGUUCCUUUUCGUUUUCUUUUCCGAGCUUUUCGGCCAGCCCGCCCAGGUUUCGUCCAUCAUGGGCUGGAUCUUCUUUAUCAUGAACGCUGCCUUUUCGUUAAUCUUGUUGAUCAUGAUUCUUGUGUUGAUGGGCUUCGCCUUGUUGUCGAGAAACCCAGACUCCAGAUUCGCUCCAGCCAAGGACGACAGAACCUCCUUCUUGAGAAAGUCCUCGGUCAAGAGAUCUUCCAGAAACUUGCGUGGUGAAGACAAGGCCAACAAUGAAUUGUUUGCUUUGGGUGCUGCUGCACAAGACCACUCUGACGACUGGGAGAAUGAAAUGCACAGAUUGAACGAGGUUGAAACCAGCUCAAUUUCCUCCCACGACCAUUCUCGUGAAGAUGAGAAGUAUGCCUCGGUGAAUGAACUCUCCAGACCUGCUGUUGAAACAGAAGAAGGCGAAGAGGAAGAGAAGAAGACCGCCGUGGGCAAAUUCAAAGACAAGAUCACGAGAAAGUUGUCGACGAAAAAAACCGAUCGUAACUUACGAUUAAGCGAUACCAUGAAGGAGGAAGAUGCACACAUCAACCUGGAUUCGCUUACACACAUUAACCAGCACGCUCGUGCAGACUCCCAUGUUUCAGAUGCUGGGUUCUCGCAAUACUCGAGCAACCGCCCUACGGAAGGCAAGGAUAUUUUGUAA